CCGGUAUCAAAAGUCAUUAUUUUCCGCCUAAAAAUCAUUAGGAUAAUUUGAAGUCGGAAGUUUAUUUUUUAUUUAGAGAACUUAAAAUGUUUAAACGAGAACAACCUUAUAAAAAGUUGUUUCAUGUCUUCAGUAAAAGCGAUUUAAUUGUUAUGUUAAAAAGAUUUUUUCCAAUACUAGUAUGGCUUCCACAAUAUGACUUAAAAAAACUACGUGGUGAUUUAAUUGCUGGAUUAACUUGUGGUGUUAUUGUUAUUCCGCAAGCUAUUGCAUUUGCCAACCUUGCAAAACUUCCUCCACAAAAUGGUUUGUAUGCUUCACUAACGCCUGGCCUAAUUUACUGUUUAUUUGGUACAUCAAAAGAUGUAAGUACAGGCACAGGUGUAACUCUGGGCUUGUAUACAUCUAGAUUUAAUCCUACAAACACUACAAUUGGUGCAUCUCUUUUAAGUUUUAUAAGUGGUGUCAUUUUGGUGUUUAUGGGCGUUUUUAAACUUGGAUUUUUGAUAAAGUACGCUCCUCAGCUUGUCAUCAGUGCGUUUGUUUCAGCUACAGCUAUCACCAUUAUUGUAACACAAUUUUCUAACUUACUGGGAAUCAAAGGUGCACCAUUUAAUGUAUUCGAGAUUCUUAAAUACAUAAUAUUGAACAUCAAGAAAACAAAUAAAUGGGACAUAACAAUGAGUGCAUUUUGUCUCAUUAUUCUAGCAAUUUUUAUUUAUCUUUCAACUUUAAAACUUAAAAAGAAACCAUUAUUAAAAAAAAUUUUUUUGUUUUUAUGCGGUGCUCGAAUGGCUAUUGUGUGCCUGUUGGCAACGAUCGUUGUUUAUAUAUUUCAUGUUUAUGGUUACAACCAUAAGUUUACUAUGGCUGGAAAAAUUCCAAAUGGGCUUCCGCAUUACCAGAAUCCAUUUCAACCUGUAAUGAAAGGCAAUGUUACAUUAUAUUCAACAAAAAAUUUAAUAGACAGUUACGGUGUUGCUGUAAUUAUUUUACCAAUUAUCAUGUUUAUAGAACAAUAUUCUAUAACUAAAGCAUUUGGACGCAAAUUCAAUUAUAAGGUAAAAGCACAAAACGAGUUGAUUGCUUUAGGAAUUAUGAACAUUGUUGCUUCUUUUUUUGGGGGUUGGCCUGUUGGCGGAAGUUUUACUCGUUCAGCGGUGAAUUCUAUAAGUGGUGCUCAAACUCCACUUACAGGUGUAAUAUGUGGAAUUGUUGCGUUGAUUGCUCUAGAGUUUAUGACCCCAGCAUUUUACUACAUUCCAUCGGCUGCUCUAGGAUCUAUGAUGCUAAUGGCUGUUUUAACCAUGGUUGAAAUGAGUUUAACAAAAGACAUUUGGAAGUUGUACAAAUGGGAUUUGUUACCUUUUAUGGCUGCUUUCGGCAUGAGUUUCUACAAACUAGAAUACGGAGUAAUUUCAGGAACCGGGAUUUCAAUUCUACUAAUGCUCUCUCGAGAGGCGCGUCCAAAAUAUUUUUGCGAGACAGAUGACACGGGAAGAUCUUUAACACUUUUAUUAAUGGAAAAUCUAACAUAUCCAGGAGUGGGAGCUGUGAAUAAAACAAUUUAUUCUGAGGUCAAUAGUUGUGCUGGUAUUAAAACGUUGUACUUAGAUAUGUCGACCAUGGUGCGGGUUGAUUUUACAAUACUUAAAAAUUUUGAAUUCAUGAUGGCAGAGUUGUCGAAAAAAGGUGUUAGUCUUAAGUUUAUCAACUUUCCAAGCGAUUCCAUAAUGAAAAAGUUUAUUAAUGCUGGUUUAAUUCCAAUUGAAAGUAUAUUGAAACAAGAAGAGCUGCAAAGUAUAGAAAACGAUAGCAUAAGUCAAAGUAAUGUAGAAACGUUAAAUAUGAAAAAUCAAAGAACUGCAAUAACCGGAGGAGAAGAUGUUGAACAAGUUGGAAGUAUUGCGGAGGAAAACAAUACAAUAGAUAAUGAAGUUUCUUUUGUUUUUGAAAAUAUUUUGCAUCCUAGAAAUUUAAAAACUGAUUUGUAAUGUAACUGACUGCGUAA